GUUUCUAGGGUUUUUGCUUCUUUUGCUUUGGGUUCUGUGUAUACACGCGUGCGUUCGUCGGCUGAAAUGGCGGAUUCGACGGCGGACGCUACGGAAACGAACGCUGAUACUCUGCGGCGGGAGUUACAAAAAGUACUGACGGAGAUUUUGUACGACGGAGGAGGCGAAGAUCGCGGUGAGACUGAAGAUUGUUUUGGAGUUGUGAAAGCGAUUGAUGAAGCGAUUAGAAUCCUGACUUGUCUGAGGAAAGUAGAAUCGAAGAAACCGGAAUCUGUUAUUUCUCCGGUGGAAGUUCCCAAAGAGUUUAUAUGUACACUCUCCAAUACGAUCAUGAUCGAGCCUGUGAUCAUCGCUUCUGGGCAGACUUAUGAAAAGAGAUAUAUCACAGAGUGGCUGAAGCAUGAACGUACAUGUCCCAAAACCAAAGAAGUUCUCUCUCACUGUUUGUGGAUACCAAACCAUUUGAUCAAUGAGUUGAUUACGCAAUGGUGUCGAGUUAACAAAGUUGAUCGGCAAAAACCAUCUGAUGAAAUAGUCACUGAGAUGUUCACUGGUGACAUUGAAGCAUUGCUUCAGCGGAUUUCAUCUUCCUCCUCGGUUGCGGAUCAGAUAGAAGCUGCAAAAGAGCUGCGUCGCCAGACGAAGAGAUUUCCCAAUGUCCGGGUCUUCUUUGUCGCUGGAAUCCAUGAUUCGAUCACCCGUUUGCUCAGUCCGCUCUCUGCUUUGGGCGAGGCAGUAGACUCGAAUCCAGAGCUUCAAGAGAACAUUGUCACAGCAUUGUUCAAUCUCUCGAUUCUUGAGAAUAAUAAAACAGUGAUUGCUGAAAACCGUCUAGUGAUCCCUCUGCUUACUAAGUCUUUGAAGCAGGGGACAGCUGAGACACGAAGAAACGCUGCAGCGACUUUAUCUUCACUGUCAGCCAUUGAUUCUAACAAGAUCAUCAUUGGGAACUCGGAAGCAGUGAAGGCUCUGAUUGAUCUUAUCGAAGAGGGUGAUAUGUUAGCCACCAAAGAAGCCACUUCCACGGUCUUUAACCUCUGUAUUGUAUUGGAGAACAAGGAAAAGGCGGUUUCAGCGGGUUUGAUUCCUGCGGCAACCAAAAAGAUCAAAGCAGGAAGCAAUGUGGAUGAGUUGUUAUCUCUCUUGGCAUUGAUUUCUACACACAACCGGGCUAUCGAAGAAAUGGAUAAACUAGGGUUUAUCUAUGAUCUGUUCAAAAUCUUGAGGAAACCGAGUUGCUUGCUGACUGGAGAGAACGCUGUAGUGAUCGUCUUCAACAUGUGUGACAGAAACAGAGACAAGUCGAGACUGAAAGUGGUAGGAGAAGAGGAGAAUCAACACGGGACAUUUACGAAGCUUGCAAAGCAAGGAUCAGUUCGGGCGGUGAGAAAAGCACAAGGGAUUUUACAGUGGACUAAGAGAUUCGUUACUGGUAAAGAGCCACAGAGGGCAUGAAUGAAGGAAUCAUCAAAAAUCAGGUCUUGUUAAUAGUUUUACAAACUUGCUCUUGAUACAUAUAUACCGAUCCAAAAUUCAUCGUAAAUACUAGAUAGUCGUAGAAAGUGUAGAAUGAAAAAAGGAAAAGUUG